AAGUGCAUACACGUUCCUGUCUUAGUGGUAAGAAAACUGCAGCUCCAGAAUCACUGACAUUUGUCAGGUACUUAUCAUCGACCCGUGGCUGUAUGGGGUGUCUUGACGGAAGACAGUGAAGGGCUCUCAAAUAUGAGCGUGAACAUUUUUGGCUGAGAAGCAGAAUCUGAGUUUUUCAAACCCACUAGCGUGAUGGGUCAGCGGCUCAGUGACGAUUCGGACGAGAAGGAGAUAGACGUUGCAGAACUGCAGGAGUGGUACAAGAAGUUUGUGGUGGAAUGCCCCAGUGGAACCCUCUUCAAGCACGAGUUCAAGAGCUUUUUUGGCGUAACCGACAACCAAGAGGCCGCGGACUACAUAGAGAACAUGUUCCGAGCCUUUGAUAAAAAUGGGGACAACACUAUUGAUUUUCUGGAAUAUGUUGCAGCCUUGAAUCUGGUAUUGCGGGGCAAGCUGGAGCACAAACUGAAAUGGACUUUUAAAAUGUACGAUAAGGAUGGGAGUGGCUGCAUCGACAAAACAGAGCUGAAGGAGAUUGUGGAGUCAAUCUACCGAAUGAAGAAGGCAUGUCAUGGGGAGCUGGAUGAAGAGUGUAACCUACUUACCCCAGACCAGGUGGUGGACCGGAUAUUUGAGCUGGUGGAUGAGAACGGAGAUGGGGAGCUGUCUCUGGAUGAGUUCAUUGAUGGUGCGCGGCGUGACAAGUGGGUCAUGAAGAUGCUGCAGAUGGAUGUGAACCCAGGAGAGUGGAUCAACGAGCAUCGGCGAAGGAGCGCCAACUUCUGAAGCACGUCCAACAAACUCCAAGCUCUUCACCCAACAUUUCACUCAGUCUGUCCAUGUUUUACAAUUGAAAAACACCAUUAGUUCUUGGGAUGAGGAAGCACAGAGGAAACCUUGGGCCUUUUCCUUGGGUAAAAAUCUCCUUAGAGCGAGAUACGCUGGGGAAAUGACAACGGAAAUGGACUUUCACAUCCCUUAUUCCCUUUUCUCAUCUGUACUGCUUCAACUGCAUCAUCCUCCCAACAUUUGUAUGUGUUUCCUGCUUAAUUCCACUUGUUCUGGUGAGACUUGCUGAGAUCCAUUCGAAUUUUGAAGUCAGUAUCGUUUAGAUUUCAAGUCAAAUUAGUAAGUUGAUGAGUUAGACAUUGUUACAUGGAAUCUUUACAUGAAUAUGUAUGUAUAUUGUGGUAAAGUCAAAAAUAAAACCUUUUUUCUGUAUAUAUUUACUACCAGUAAGAUUAUUGAUUGUACUGAUAAUAAGAUGUAUAAGAAUGUGUGUCAACUGAUGCGUAACAACUGAUAAAUAAACUUUCUGGGUACUUUAAGUGAAGUGUUUUUGGUUGUGAUAGUAAGAUGCUCUAACUUGCCAAUCAGUUAAUUAAUCAACGGAAGAUGAUUAGUCAAGCAGCCAUUAAAGCUGAAGAAGUGGU